GGAGCUCUGGAUCAGUUAAUCAUAGCUUUGACAAAGUAAGUUUAACAUGUUUAGCACCAAAACAAUGCCUUGGCGAGGCUGUGACUGUCAGUUUCUAAAGACUAAAGUCUGAAGGAGUUUAUGUUUUCAAGCACCUGCUUCUACCUCACCGCAACCAGAUAAUACGGCACAUUUAUCAGUGUUUUUUAUCCUUGGCUUCCCCCUAGUGGAGAUCAAUCGUAAGUGCAAGUUUAAUUUUACACAUUCGAAUCACACAAUGAUUCCUAAUAGACCAAUGAAGUAAAAUAGGCUACAUAGUGGAUUAAACAGUCUUCCACUGGCUUCACAGCUAAUAAUCCGCUAAGAUAAAAAAAAAAAAAAUUGAAAAUAAACCCACCAGCGUAAUUCUGCUUUUUUCUCAAGUACAAUGAGUAGUCAUAAAAGAAAAAAAGACAUGAAAACUCAUUUCAUAAAAAGUGGAAGAACAUCAUAAAUAUCAAUCAAAUCAGUCAAAUUUUAUUUGUGCAGCACAUUUAAGCAACGUGGCAUUUCCAAGUGCUUUACAUCGUAAAAACACAAAAAUAAAAAGUCAUAAACACAACAACUGAAAUGUUACAUUUACUCAAGUGCCAUAGAUACAUUUUUCAUUGAUUAUGUUUCAAAAGCAACUCCACAGGUGGGUUUUUAGUCCAGAUUUAAAAGCACUAAGUGAUAUAAUCACAAAAAAAUAAUAUUCACUGACAAAACAUUUAAGUCAGUAAAGAUGUCGUCUGAUUUUUAUCAAACAGCUGACUGACAUUGUUUUCUUGCUUUGUACAUUAUGUAUUGUGUUUUUUAUUCUACUCAUGACAUAAAAGUUGACUUCUUAUUGUCUGAAGGUCUAUGCGAGUGUUUAAGGAUUUCAUGAUUUUUUAUUUAUUUAUAUUGAAUCAACUAAAAUAGCUUCUCCGAGAGGAAUGACAGAAUGCAGCAAGUAUAAAUGGGGGAGUCUUAUUAUUAAUGCCACAAAAAGCAGAGAUCAUUUCUCUACUAUGGAUCAGUUCAGACUGCUCUACUUUUUCAACCUGCAACAACCAGUGUAAGCCAGCAGGGGGUGGUAGAACAUCAACAUCUUAAGCACUGAACAUGAGCUUGGAUUAAUUUGAGAUGAAUGGAACAGAAUUACUUCAAUUUACUAAGUAUUCAGAAUUUGAAAGAGCAUGACUUGAGAACAGUAAAAUUUAUCUGCCCAACAAAUGAACUGAAAAGAAUUUGGGGAAACCUCGUCGGUGAUUGAGGAAAUUUUUUAUUGAUACAGCACAUGAAGGUCAAACAUCAAUAAAGACUCAGGCAAAGGAAACUAUUGCACAGCGCCGAUGUGGUUCUGGAAAAGCUUUGUCAGCAUCCUGGGGGAAAACCCCCCCCAAAAAAACAAUGAUAAUGAUUAGCAAAGCUGUUUUUUUUUUUAAGUGUGAGAUGGUUAAAGUAUUUUAGGAGAAGCAACCUCAACUUCACCCUGAAUCUUGGCUUUCAGUCUCCCUUCGUCAAAUCCAAGACAGAUGAAAAACAUAUGGAUUAGCCAACCACCAUUUUUUCCAGUUGACUUGUCUUUUAUAUGAAGAGAUAAAUGAAAGUAAUAAUCCAACAGAUUCCAGAAGUUAAGUUUUGGUUAAUGCACGUGUCUGCACAGACAGUGGUUGAACCAUUCAACACGGUGCUCUAUUAUUAUCAGUGUUUGCUCAGUGUUAGCUUUAAAAGGCUUUCUGCGUGCAUAAAUCCCUGGUUCACAGGUAAUAAUGAGACAAAGAUGAACUAAACUGACUGUUUGACAGAAUGUUUUGUGUUUGAAAAUUAUACGACAAUUAUACUUCAAAAUAUUUAUUAAAUGAACAGCACUUCGCAUAAUUUGUUCGUUGUGAAAAUAUAGCCUAUAUAUUUUUAUUUCAAUAAAAGUUUCUCCAACAACAUGACCAGACAGAAGAUUCAUAGAGUUCCUCCUUUUUCUUUCUAUACAGUGAAUUCAACAGUCUUUUAGGUCUAGUAAUGCACUUCUUAUUUUUAUAUUUUGUCAGUUUCAAAUGCUUCCUGAGCUCACGCAUAUUAUUUUAGCUCUUAAUUAUCACUUUGUUUUUGUCUCAAGUAUCUUUGUGCCAACGUGCUAGCAGAGAUGGAGUAUGGGAAGGCUAACCAGCCGCAAUGCUCACUUGUUGCUAAGGCCAGCUGUGCUACAGGUGAAAGUAAUCUAUCGGUUUACAUGAUAACUAAUAUCGCAUAAAACGUUUAUUCCUAAAAGGUGUUGACAGGUUCUCAAGCCGAGAGGAGCGGCUUUGACAGUAAAAAAAAAAAAAAAAAAAAACUUGAAUUUUUGAAAUGAAAUGUUAUGACGUCAGCAAAUGUUUAUCCAAGUGCUGUUGCCCACAGUUUUAUUGCUGAGUAUUUUUCACUUCAAUUCUAGAUGGAAAAAACCCCCAACAACAUAUCAGUAACUUUAUACCACUGUAGGCCUAUGUGGGGGAAACAUGGUUUCAAUAUUCACUGUAUUUUUGGUCAAAUGCAGAGUAAAGAAAACCCGAAUACAGAUUAUGCAGCUUCUUUGGAACAGGAGGUAAAAAUCACACAAGACCUCAAAGCGUUUGUGAUGGACUCUUCACCACAGCUGUACUGUUUAGUGGGUGGGCAUUUUUCACGGAUACAGCGCAGCUCAUAAUUGUCACUGGCCCAAAAACUCCGAUUAGCCUACAUAUAUUUUUAUUUUCCAAUUACGGUGGAAUAAACGGUGGGAGGAGGGACUACCGCGACUCAGUUUACCAGUUUCUUAGACUAUUAAGACGAAAAGAAAACGAGGGCGGCUUAAGGAAUAAGCAACUUGGCGGUGAUCUUCCUUAAGUUUCACUUCAUCUUCCAUCGCGCGUUGGUAACGUCGAGGACGUGGCUUUCAGCGCGUGGGAAGAAAUUUAGGCAGGAGCCAAACUGUUCACAAACGCAACGCUGCUGGAGACAAUCAGGAUGCUGCUGCUGCUUCUUCUCGUCCUUCUUACGGGCAUUUGUCCUGUGACGGCCAAUGAGAUUUAUGCUUACGCUGGUGACCUGGUGAUGCUACACUGCAGAGAGUCUAAACAUAAUGGUACCGUAAUGCUUUGGAAAAUGGAGACAGACCAGAAGAUGCACCUCUACAGCAACAUGUCAGCGUCUGAGCAGCAGAAGCUCGGUUUGGUUUUUUAUCGGCGCAGCCUUGUGAUUCUCAGAGCAUCUACAAACCAUCAGGGGAAUUACUCGUGUGGUCCUUUCAGGAAUUCCAGCAGACGGAUAUGGUUCAGACUGACAAUAUGCCCAAAGCAGUCCACAGAGUGUACCAUACCCAGAUACUCUAGGGUAUGUUAUGCAAAAACCGCCUGCGACCUGAGUUGUCCUGAAGGAAGCAUCCCUAAUGCAGGAAUCCCCGCAUUAGGGAUGACGAGCAUGGAACAUGUGUGGCACAAGGAGAAUGGUGAGGCCUCAGUUAAUUACUUCCCAAGCGUUGGAUUGGAGAAAAGUGGAGUCUACAUCUGCAUGCGGUCUUUCUCGUAUUCUGGUGAAAUAUAUAAUACUUCCUCUUCAGUGGAACUAGAUGUUCAAACAGGUGAGCCUCAGCCAAAGUUAGGAAUCUAUUUACCCAAGAAUGGUCAGAUUUUUGAAGUAGAACUCGGCACAAGAAAAGUGAUUGCUUGCAAAGCACUUGUAGAUUCUUGCCAAAAUAUACCAUUUUGGACGAGUGACGGGGAAUUUGUGGACGACUCGGAUGUUCUCACAGAUCCAUGUGAAAAUGACGGGAUGCCAAAAUGGAUGAAUACAUCUUUAAUUUUCAGAGAGGUGUCACCUGGAAACCUGUCAAAAACCUUUACAUGUGCAUUUUCAAGUGACAAAUUCAUCUCCAUUGUCAACAUCACCCUCGUUGAAACAGCUCAACCUUCGCAUGUGAUGCUAACUGUGUGCUCUGUCUGCGUUGUGGUGUCGAUGGUGGUGAUCGUUGUUGUUUACGUGAAGUUUAAAAUUGACGUCACCCUUUUCCUACGAGAUAAAGUUGGCUUUAAAGAUUGCCGAAGCAGCACUUCAGAUGAAAAAAGCUACGAUGCGUUUUUGAUGUGUUAUAAAAGCGUCACUGACGGAGGACUGAAUGAGGAAGACAGAAAAUGCCUGGCGAGUACCUUGGAAGACGAGUUUGGCUACAGCAUCUGUCUUUAUGAUCGCGAUGUCUUACCUGGUCAAGCUGUAGCCGAUGCUGUGUUGGACUGCAUAGAGCAGAGCCGGGCUGUGGUUUUGGUUCCCAGCUUUCCAGAUCCUGAACCAGGAAGUGCAGUGCUAAGCGCCAUCCACACUUCUCUAGUGGAGCGGAAGACCCGCUUGAUUUUUAUAAACACAGAGCAGGCGGAGGCGUCGACGUCGGGUUCGUUUCCAGAGGCUUUGCAGCUUCUGAGUAAAGCCGGGAAUAGUGUCACCUGGAAGGGACGGCCGCCCUCCACCUCCUUCUGGAAGCAGCUGCGUUAUCACUUACCGGCCCCACAGCAAACACCAAAAAUGCAACUUUUAUCGCAUGGAUGCUAGGAUGAUAUUUAAACCUAACUCUAACCAUUUUAUACUGGACAUACAACAUGAGAGAUAAGAAAUGCCAAGCAUCUUGUUUAUGCAUUAACAAAAUAAUGCAGAAAUCAAUUUAAUGAAUGUGCUUUUAUUUAAAAUAUCUUGUUUAUUUAUGACUUUAUAUUACAGAGUAACUCAGUGCAAUACCACUGACAUGUGAAUGCAACAAUUAUUUUUCUUCCAUUGCUUCAGUACAAGUUGAGUAUUUGCAGUUGUUUAUGCAACAUGUUAACAGCACGGUAAAAGUGAACAGCAGAAUGUGAAUUAAUCUUUUAUUUUAAUUAUUUUAUUUUUACAUUUUUGUUUCUUCAUCUAGAAAUUCAAUUUCUGUAUUUAUUGUCAACUGUUACUGUUACUGCACCAUUAAAUAUGAAAAGCAAACGUACAA